GGGGGCUCGACAAGGAAAGCGGCAAUGUGCCGAUGACCUACCUGGACCUACUUGAUUUUGCUAUGGGGGCGUGUGCCAUGGUUGCAGUUGUGUGGCACAUGCGGUUGUUGCCCCAGGACGGCUCGUGCGGUGGGGGAGUGUGGGAGAGCAGCAGCCUGGGGGGCCCAAGUGUGAGGGGACCCCUGAGGGCUGAUGCAGGAGGGUGUGUGGGUCAAGGAGUGGCGAGCGGAGGGGACGAGGGGAGGGCUGUGAGAUGGGUUGGGGGGGCUGUGGUGGCGCUGUGUGUGUUUCAACGCUUCCUUCAACGUACGGGUGUUGCACAACAGGUGGUGGUGCAAGGGAGUACGAAGCUCAUCUACUCCCGACAAGUUUUCAGAGGCGGAUUGCCUCUUGCGUCCUGACCGCUCGAAUACACACACGCGGUGUUACUGUUUUGCGUGCGUCUCACGGUGCCAUGCGCCAGUGCUGCUGGAGCUAGGAAUGAGAUGUGGUGCGUGGUUGUUGAGGAGGCUGAUUGCCCGGUGGGUGGCCGGUGUGCCACUCACAUACAUGUUACAUGAGCCCGAAGAGCUUGCGAGUAGGCGUGCUCUGCACUGCACUCCAUUUUGAGUGGCAAGCACAGCUGUAGAUCCAUACAUCCCGUUUCAACUUUAUUUCUUGCGACUUACUAACCGGUCUUAUGGAUUAAAUGCUUUCUUUAUUCGUGGUCGUCAUCGUCCAACAUGAAUGGUGGUGACAAACAGCAACAAUGACGCACGCUACCCUCAGCCGUUGUAUCAUUGUUUUUAUAUAUAGCUUGCUUGCUUGGGUUAAGAUCCUUUCUAGGCAACUGUGUUGGGCGUUCUGUAUUUGGUCAAUGGCGCAUGGCAAUCGAGGCCACUGCUCGCUACAGCCGUACGGGUUACAAUGACGUUCGUACACGUCAUGGUGUACUGCGGACGGGUAUUUACUCCCAGCCUUGGUUGUUGGGAUCCAACCACGUCCGCGCGUUGCCCCGUUAUGCUCGUUGUUUUGUCGGUUGCGUUGCUGUUGAGGGGUAUUAGGUGCAUGUAGUACUCCUGUGGGGGUGUAUCAUGUCUUGCAUACAUCAUGUACCGUCACGGGUACCUACGUGUUGUUGACCUUGUUGUUUGAGGGAGAGGGGGUUUGGGUCCAUUGCCCUCAUUGUUGUUCCCUGGUUGCUGAUUGCUGGGUCUGUGGCAGCGGCAAACGGAAGGGCUUCUUCCCGUUUCCCAGCCAAAAUUUGAGAGGGGUGGAUGGCAAAACAUGGUUUGGCGUGUGGCUGGUUUAGGGCAAACUGUGUGGCUUUACAUUGGUGGGUUUGUGGGGGUAUGGCACUUGCGUACGGCGAACUGUCGUGCUGCCGGGACCUUAGGAAAGCAGUUCAGCGGGGGAUGAUGUCAGCGGGGGUAAAGAGGAAACAACUGCCUGACCGUGCGAUAGGGCAGCGGGGGUAGGUAUCUCGAAGGGGGGGAUGCUCUGCAUGCAUCUGUAUGUAUGUAUCUUGAGCUCUUGACUCGGCUGUCAAAGGGCCUUGAAUUUGCAAUCGUGAAUCGGCGGCAUGCGAGAAGCAUGCAACAAGCCGUCCUGUGAUCAGUUUCUUGUUGAGGAUGGGGGUGGGGAUAAAAUAUUGGGCCGGCUGAUCAAUCGUGUUAAUUUUACCAUGACUGCCCUUGCGGUAGAGAUGCACUGAGCGUGUGGGUGAUUUUGGGUAGGAUUUGGUAGUAUCGUUAUCACACGCACAUGCAUGGUUUCAAACCUACACCAUAGGGUGGGAGACCCUAGCAUGAUGCGGGCCGUUGGUUGGAUAUAUUCCGUUACCGGUACUGGGACUUAUAUGUCCAUCCUUGCACAGCGCUGUACGGCACUGUUGUAACGAGAGAUAGCGAGAGCUAUUCUUCGCGCCCUGUGCCUAUGUGUGUGAAGGGCUAUGGUGCCGUGUAGUAUCUCCAUCCAUCCUGGCACAAUCCACGACAAUCGGUGCAGCCUACAGUGUCCAUUACAUUGCAGUAAGUGGGUUUAAAGGUGAAUGCAAACACCCCGGUGGAUAUCGCAGCCGGAUAGCUGAGGGCUAUAACUGCCAGCAACCAUGCAGUAUGCCGAAAGGGGUGUUGUUGAAAGGCUUUAAGGGAAAGCCACGACUGAAUGGCUGUUUAAAUGGUUCCCUAAAAGGGAACACGGG